AUGGCAUGUAUCAAUGCCCUAGCAUUUUCUGUUGCCCAUCGUGACUUCCCAGAAGAGGUAAGUUUUCCGCUCUAUCCGUCCACCUUCAAAUUCUACACUGAUUCGCAGGAGGUUUUGGUUCGUGAGUUAUCCAAGGUCAAAGAACACAUUUCCAAUGGAUUGUCAUAUUUCACUGUGAAAAGUUCAGAUUCCAACAAACCGGCACUCAAAGAUCAAGUUCAGCGCUUCUUGACCAAAUUGUCCACAUUUCUAAAUCUGUCGGAAGAACGUUGUUUUGAUUUGCUUGUGCACUACAUCGCCGCUCGGGACACUGAUGGUCCGUUCGAUGAAGAUCAAGUUCAGAAUUUUAUUACCGACGGUCAUGUGAGCGAUCUGUUGAAUCGCAUUCGUAUUUUCUACUGGCAAGAACGACUCAGUCUUCUCGGUCUGUUCCGGGUGAUGAUGUGCGAUUGGCACGAGUCAUGGGUCACACUAGCCGACGUCCUGUUCGCGAUGACCUCGUUCCGGUCCCGCACCGAGUUCCUUGAGCAUAUGCUGCACGAGUACACCCAAGCGGCCUGUGCGACCGAAUCUUUACUGACCGAUGGACGUUAUGGAUUUAUGAGACUGACCCAACCUACAGUACUAGUCGAUUUCGAAUCACAAGAUGAAUUUGAUUUGGCCGUUGCGCAACGUUUGAAAGAACAACUGGAAAUGUUGCAUAUCAUUUUCACCGGAGUCCACGCUCUGUCCGAUGCCGAUGCGCCACCCGCAUCGUGUUUCUUCUCCAAAUUGCUGGACGCAUUCUGGUCGAAGUCGUUUGGUUUGCAACCUAGCCACGUGCAACCGUUGGCCAAACAUCGUCAUUUGGCGGAUCAGAUUUGUUUAACACAAACGUUAAUUCUGAUUCGUGCCGCCAACCUGGAUAAUCUGACGUUAUUCAAAAAUGUCUCCACCAAACCGGGCCCCGAGUCGAUGUCUGGUCCUCGCGCUGCCAAAAGGUCAACAAAACGUUCCAAUCAGGAUGCAUCAAUCAAUCACGAAAGUACCGGUGGUCACUUUUUGUACAAUGCCCAUCUGCUGAAUCGUCUGUUGGCCAGUUUGUCUGCACUGGGUGACAGUCCGGUGCACGGACCGUUGUUGUUGUUCGGGGCAAUUUGUGCGACCGCGUUUGCCCCGUCCGUCGCACCGGACUCACCACCGCAUCGUUUGGAUGCCGGGGAUCUAACCCCGGGUGACUGGGGUCCGGUUGUGGACGAACGCAAACCGUGGGGAGGCGGAAAUCCCGGUCGGGAUGGCGGUGUCGAGGUGAGCGAAACUGCCCAUUUGGUCGCGGAACAGUAUGCACACAUGGCAAUUCAGACCCUGGGUGUUUUCGGAUUUCUCACGGACCAGCUGACUGAUUUGGGGAAACCUAUCCAGAAUCGUCCGGGAGCGGGGUUGAGUCUAAAUCUACAAGAGUCUCCUCUGAUUCAACCGGGAACCGAUUUGAACGUGAUCGAUUUCUGCGCACACGUGGCCGUAUUUGAUCUACUCUGUCUACUCGCCCAACAUGUGGUACUCUGGACUUUGGACAGUCCGACCUCUGCGGCCGCGAAUUCGAUCCGGUCGGAACAAUCGUCCAACCGAAUCGCUUGUAUUCGACUUUUUGCGCAUACCCUGUAUGUGGUCGCACAGCAUGUACAUUUGAUCACACGUGCCCAGGAUGCUUCAGACGCGCCCUCGUCAGGUAUUGGGCUCCGGAUAGCCGGAUUGAUCGAAUCGCUCGCAGAAGGAUUCCCGUGUGAUCUGAGUCUAGUCCAUCUGUGCACAGCCCUCAUGGUCCCUGCCCCGAGUCGCGGUUCACAAACGGAUAAUGGGGGAGCUGAAGAAAGUGAUUCUUUGGUUCACCUGGUCUCCGAGUUGAUCACCGCAUUGCCUUACCUGACCGAACCGUUCACUCCGGAAUUACAACGUGUGGUCCAACAAUCCUCUGCCUCACUUUAUCCACAAUUCGGUCGAGGGGAUCAGUUUGCGUCCAACAAUGAUGUCUAUCUCACUCAGACGCGAACGGUGCUCAGUGUCGAUUGGCGACAGCGAUCCGGAUCGAUAUCCGAUCGUAAUCGUUAUGCCACUCCAUCUGCGUUGUAUGCGGGAAUCCGGUUGAUGACCGGCACUGUAGGCAAAGUGGAAACUGAUCUCGGUUGGAUCAGCUGGAAACAAGAAUAUCCGGUUUGGAAUGUGAUCUCGUUUGAGGUUGAAAAAGCGCUCAUUCUUCUAGACCGAAUUCGCUCGUGUCUAGGCAGUGGUCAAUGCGUGAUACCACAGACUACCCCUCCCAGAAUCAAAGCGGGACGUAUUGUGCGCGAAUCGAGCUAUCGUACGGACGGAACUUACACGCUUCUUUAUACGACUCUGUUUGAGCAGUUAACGAGAGUACAACAACUACUGCAAUUUAUGACAGCCUGUGUAGCGGCCCAGGUGCACAUUUCCUCGUGCCUAUAUCUGCUCGAAGACGUAUGGCUACUGAUCCAACGUGUACUCAAUCUGUCCACCGAAUUGACCGAAUUGUGGCGCACAAAGACGAACACUGUUCCGACCGCUUCCAUUCUGGACUUUCUAUAUGAUCAAAUGAUCCCAAGCGUGUUACGGCUCCUCGGAUACGCUUUCAUGGGCAUAUCAGCUACCGGCACCGCCCAGUUGCUCACCGAGCAUGCCAAUUUGUGGAAUUCAAUUCUGUUAACGGAGAUGGGCCGAUUCUUCCCCCGAUUGGUACUGACUCGGACUGGACAGAUAUCCCAGUAG